AUGGAUGUUGCAGACUCGGAUUUCCUCAGUAACAAAGAAUUCGAUGAUGAAGACUCUGAAUUUGAGACUGAUUUGGAGAGAUAUUUUGUGUUCUCCACUGCCAAGAACAGAUUCUUUGGCAGGAAAAUACCUCUUCGUGUUACCCUAGGCUCUGGACUGAUCGCUGAUCUUAUACUCUGGAGGAACAAGAAGAUCUCAUUAAGCGUUCUUGUUGGUGUAACUUUCAUAUGGUUGCUUUUUAAAAGGAUGAAUUACACCGUGAUUAGUUUCAUUUGUGACUCUCUCAUACUUCUAAUGGCAAUGUUAUUCCUACGGAGCCUUUUAACAUCCUUCAUUCGCAUAUUACCACCACUUGAAUUAUCAUCAUUCCUCUUACCCAAAGGACUGUUUGUCAGUACAGCUAUUUCGGUGACACGUAUACUUAAUAAUCUACUCAUAACAUUUGGUGUCAUAGCUUCCGGACAAGAUUUGAAGAAAUUUCUCUUGGUCACAGGGACAUUAGGAGCUAUCUCAUUUCUUGACUAUCGGUACCCUGCUGCAACUCUAAUCUACAUAGCAUCCGUGAUAUUGCUGAUAGUUCCAGUGGUAUAUGAAAAACAUGGGGAUAUUAUUGACAUCCUUGCUGAGAGGGUCCUGUUUGAGUUGAAUAAUCUAUAUGAAAAUUUGAUGAUGAAGAUUUUCGGGAAAUCGCAAUCCUCGCAAGAGUACAUUCAGGAUUAGAAGUAAUGAAAUUCCUUUUCAUGCCAUGGCAUUGAUUAACUAUGUACAAACUUGUGGUUAACACGUAUUAUGUGAUUAACAGAAAUAUAAUGGGGGGAAUAUAAUUUGAUUAUUGAUCUUUAGAAAUCCAUUAUUAUUGCUACCAAAAAAACUUGUGCAGGGUUAACCAUUUAGUGUGCAAGAACCAUUUUCCAUACUCGAUUGCUAUUGGUUACUGAUACAGGCUUUCGUAACCAUGUGCAUCAUCAUAGUAUAUUUUCUUUUGGUGUACUAUUUGAUCGCCCUUGGCCUCUUGCAUUCAGAAUAGGUCCAAUUUAGUGUCAGUCAUUUGCUUGGCGUUUGCUUUGUUUCAAAAUUCAUUGGAAACU